UUCGCACGUGGUGUAUAUUUGUCGAUAGUCUCUACGUGCGAGAAUCAUUGUCUCGCCAUCUCAUUGUCGAUAAUCUCUACGUCCUUUAAAGCCUACCGAAGGUGUGUUCCAUACAUAUCCAUUUCUGUUUUGUUUUUUUGGGCACACAUGGAAACAAUGGCAUCAUAUGCCGUUUCUAGCAGACAAAAACCACACGUAGUUUGCAUACCUUUCCCAGCUCAAGGCCACAUCAAUCCGAUGCUGAAAGUGGCUAUACUCCUCUAUGCCAGAGGCUUUCAUGUUACCUUUGUCAACACCGUCUACAACCACAACCGUCUCAUCCGGUCACGUGGUCCCAACGCCCUUGAAGGGCUUCCUUCUUUCCGGUUCGAGUCCAUCCCAGACGGUCUACCGGAGGAGCCCAACAAGGACAUCAUGCAGGACGUCCCUUCCCUUUGUGAGUCCACCAUGAAAAACUGUCUAGCUCCGCUCAAAGAGCUUCUCCGACGGAUUAAUACCGGAGAUGAUGUUCCUCCAGUGAGCUGUAUUGUAUCGGACGGUGUGAUGAGCUUUACUCUUGAUGCAGCCGAGGAGCUUGGAGUCCCGGAGAUUCUUUUGUGGACAACCAGUGCUUGUGGCUUCUUGGCUUAUCUACACUUCUAUCGCUUUAUCGAGAAGGGAUUAUCACCACUAAAAGAUGAGAGUUACUUAGACACAAAAAUAGAUUGGAUACCAUCGAUGAGAAACCUAAGACUUAAAGACAUCCCAAGCUUCAUCCGUGCAACUAAUUCUGAAGACAUAAUGCUUAACUAUUUUGUCCAUGAAACCGACCGAGCCAAACGCGCUUCGGCUAUCAUUCUCAACACAUUUGAUAGCCUUGAGCAUGAUGUUAUUGAAUCUAUUAAAUCUAUGAUACCUCCAGUGUACACUAUUGGACCGCUUCAUCUACAAGUGAAGCGGGAGAUCGACGAGAUGAGUGAGAUUGGACAGGUGGGAACAAAUCUAUGGAAAGAGGAGAUGGAGUGUCUGAAUUGGCUCGAUACUAGGUCUCCAAACAGCGUCGUUUAUGUUAAUUUCGGUAGCAUAACAGUGAUGAGUAAGAAACAUCUCGUGGAAUUUGCUUGGGGUUUAGCAGCGACCAAGAAAGACUUUUUAUGGGUGAUCAGGCCGGAUUUAGUAGCCGGUGAUGUGGCAAUGGUUCCUCCAGAGUUUCUAAUAGAGACAGCUGAUCGAAGGAUGAUAGCGAAUUGGUGUCCUCAAGAAAAAGUUCUUUCUCAUCCGGCAAUCGGAGGGUUCUUAACACAUAGUGGAUGGAACUCAACUUUGGAGAGUCUUUCCGGUGGAGUUCCAAUGGUGUGUUGGCCGUUCUUUGCAGAGCAGCAAACAAAUUGUAAAUAUUGUUGUGAUGAAUGGGAGGUGGGGAUGGAGAUCGGUGGAGACGUGAGGAGAGAGGAGGUUGAGGCACUGGUUAGAGAGCUAAUGGACGGAGUGAAAGGAAUGAAAAUGAGAGAGAAAGCAAAAGGGUGGCAGCGUUUGGCAGAGGAAGCGACGGAGCAUAUGCGUGGUUCAUCGGACUUAAAUUUUCAGAAGGUUGUUACAAAGGUCCUCUUAGACAGCAAAAGACAAUAGAGACAAUAUAAAUAAACUUAAACAUAAAGAUGAUUACAAAAAGGUUUAUGUUUUUAAAAAAUGGUACGUGAUUAACAUGAACACUUAUUUGUUAAUUUUUCUAUUUCUAGAAAGGUUUGCUUUGCAUAUGUCGAACUCUAGUAUUUGUAGAGACGACGUCGUGGUCUGUGUAAUAUUGCUUUGUAUAUAUCUCAGAAUAUCUUUUUUU